GUCAGCAGGUGGCGGUAAUGCACUUACACGUGUACGAUCUACCGAAAACAAGAGCACGACGUCACCACUAGCGUCAUCAGUCAGCGUUGGGUCUCCUGAGCGCUAUAUGUGCGUCUUUUCUGGCGUCUGCUGAUGGAAAUAAACAUUCAGCCUAGCAGACAACAACAAUCAAUUCACCUACAGUUCAGUGUUUUCAAAGCGGGUUACCAAUAAAUGCUGGAAUGUUCCCAAUUGCCUGAAAGUGAAGAAGAUAAAGUUUGUAAGAGAAAAUUAAAAACAUGAAUGAUCCAGAGCCCUGUGGAAUAAAACAGGAAGAUAUUGAACAACAAAUAGACCUGAUGGAAGAGAACCGGGAGAUUGAAGAACUUGUUGAAGUGAGGAGGAAACAUCAGAUCAAAACUGAAGAUUCCUUAUUGAAAAAUGACAAUAUAUGUUUCACUUGCUCUCACUGUGGAAAGAGUUUCUCAUGCAAGCAAGAUCUUGGCCUUGAUGUAAUAUCUCUUUGUAGAAAUAAGCCAUAUGCAUGUGAUAAGUGCGAGAAGAUUUUCAGAAUAAAAGGAAACCUUGUUGAACACAUGAACAUUCACACUGAAGAGAAGCCACACACAUGUGAUCGAUGUGGGAAGAGUUUCCCACAAAAACAAAACCUUGAUGAACAUAAGAAAAUCCACACUCUGGCAAGGCCGUACGAAUGUGAUCAAUGUGGGAGGAGUUUCCCAUAUAAAGGAAAUCUGGAUAAACACAUGAGGAUCCACACUGGAGAAAAGCCACACACAUGUGAUCAAUGUGGGAAGAGUUUUGUGCAUAAACGAAACCUUGAUGAACAUAAGAAAAUCCACACUCUGGCAAGGCCGUACGAAUGUGAUCAAUGUGGGAAGAGUUUCCCAUAUAAAGGAAACCUGGAUAAACACUCGAGGAUCCACACUGGAGAGAAGCCACACACCUGUGAUCAAUGUGGGAAGAGUUUCACGCAAAAAGGAACCCUUAAUGAUCACAUGAAGAUCCACACUGGAGAAAAGCCGCACAAAUGUGAUCAAUGUGGGAAGAGUUUCGCGCAAAAAGGAAACCUAAAAGUACACAUGAAAAUCCACACUGGAGAAAAGCCAUACAUAUGCGAUCAGUGCGGGAAGAGUUUCACACACAAAGGAAACCUUAACGUACACAAGAAAAUCCACACUGGAGAGAAACCAUAUGCAUGUGAUCAAUGUGGAAAGUGUUUCAUAGAAAAAGUGCCUUUAAAUGAUCACAUGAAAAUCCACAGUGGAGAAAAGCCACACGCAUGUGAUCAGUGCGGGAAGAAAUUCACACAAGGAAAAAACCUUAACAUACACAUUAAAAAUGUUCACACUGGGGAGAGGCUAUUCACAUGUGAUCAGUGUGGGAAGAGAUUCACACUUAAAGCUAAUCUUAAAGCACACAUGAAGAUCCACACUGGAGAGAAGCCACAUGCGUGUGAUCAGUGCGGGAAGUGUUUCAUACAUAAAACGAGCCUUAACGAACAUAUGACAAUUCACACAGGAGAGAAACCGCAUACAUGUGAUCAAUGUGGUAAGAGUUAUACACAAAAAGGGGCCCUUAAAGAACACAUAAAAAUCCAUACUGGAGAAAAGCCACACACAUGUGAUCAGUGUGGGAAGAGUUUCCGAAAAUCAUCUGUUUAUAAAGUACAUCUGCUUACUCAUUCUAGAGAAAGGUUAUAUAGCUGUGAUCAAUGCGAUAAAAAGUUUUUUAGGCCAGAUUUUCUGAAGGAUCACCUUAAAGUUCAUACAAAGGAGAAGCCUUACGUAUGUUCUUUGUGUGGAAAGAGUUUUAGUCAGAUGGGUACUUUAAAAGUACACCAGAAAAGACACAGUGGUGUGAAGGAUCAUGUUUGCUCUGAAUGUGGUAAGGCUUUUUUUACGGAUGGUGCACUGAAAGUGCACAGGGCAGUUCACACUGGAGAAAAACCUUACAAGUGUUCACACUGUGACAAGAGCUUCAAACGCUCUGAAUAUCUGAGAAUACAUGAAAGGAUCCACACUGGAGAGAAGCCGUAUCACUGCCAUUCAUGUGGGAAGAGUUUUGCUCAUUGUUCUGCUUUAACCAGUCAUAAAAAAAAAUGCAUGUCUGAAAUUAGUAGUAGUUCAAGUUCUGAUCUGUAAGACUGCAUAAAACAAUUAUGUUGAUACCCGAUUAAUCAAAGACUAUUAGAACAAUUAAUGAACUGAUUGUUGAUUUUCAGAUUAAUAUUUUUGUAUGAAUCAUUUUAUUGUUCUAAUACCGCCCCUCCAUACAGGCCAUAUCCCACCUGAACAACACAUAACACACUUCCGUACUGGCCAUCUAUACAGAGCACAUAUGCACAUUCACAGUUCUGUCAAUGGACGUUUUGCCUUUAUUUUGCCAAUAAAGCUCUUUCUGAUUCUGA